AAUGUCACCAAAGCCCAAUAUCUCUUGUUCUCCUCCACAUUCGAGCUCGAAGCUCCAGUCAUCAAUGCUUUAAAACCCAAAUUUCCAUUUCCCAUCUAUUCUUUCGGCCCCCUUACUUCAAUCUUGAACAUCCUACCUCUCAUACCAUCGCUAGCCAAACCGAUCAUGAUUACCUCAAAUGGUUAGACUCUCAACCACAGAGCUCUGUUUUGUAUGUUUCGUUGGGAAGUUUCCUCUCUGUUUCAAGUGCCCAAAUGGAUGAAAUUGUAGCUGGGUUGCGGGAUAGUGGCGUGCGGUGCUUGUGGUUGGCGCGUGACAAAGCGUCGAUGUUAAAGGGAGCUUGUGGUGGCGCAGGGAAGGUGGUGCCUUGGUGUGAUCAAUUGAAGGUGUUGUGUCAUUCUUCAAUUGGGGGAUUUUGGACUCAUUGUGGGUGGAAUUCAACUAUGGAAAGUGUGUUUGCGGGUGUGCCAUUCCUUACUCUGCCUCUGCUUAUGGAUCAAACUCCAAUCAGUAAAUUUAUUGUGGAAGAUUGGAAGAUUGGGUGGAAGGUGAAGAAGGAUGGGAAAAUGGAUAAGUUGGUGGCGAGAGAGGAAAUUGCUGAACUUGUACAAACGUUUAUGAAUUCGGAGAAUCUUGAGAGGAAAGAGAUGAUGAAAAGAGCAAGAGAAAUUAGAGAGAUUUGUCGACUAGGGAUGGCAAUGGAUAACCUACCUGUAGGUAUCCAUGGAAACCCAACCCAAAAACAUGAGUUUUUUCCUUUUUUUUCUUAUCCAUUGGGAGAUAAUAAAUGA